AUGCCUGAUCUUAACUCACUAUUCACAAAUCAUGUUUCAUUCGAUGAUUUAUCUCCAUCGUUGGUAGAUGAUCAAAUUACUGCUUUGAAAAAAAAUCAUAUGCACAUUAGUUUGAAUAAUAGAUACAUUCAUACUCCACCACAAUAUAACCCAAAUUAUAACAAUCCCAAUGCUACUACAAGGCCCACUUCAAGACAAAGAAGAUCUUCACAUGGUGAUGUAAUCACAAACUCAGAUUUAGAUGACGUUGCAUAUAGCAAUAGUGUAUUUGAUUAUCCAAGACCAUUAACAAAUAAUAGUAAUCUAACUACCUAUAGCAAUAAUAAUAAUACUAAUAGUAAUAGUCCCUUUCUAAGUGUACAUGGUACUGAAUUGAAACGUUCAAGAAGUACAGAUCCAUACCAAAGGUUAUCUUCUCCUCUUCCUUUACAAGAUUCAUUGUCUUCAACAAAUUCUUUGAAUACUAAUUCAAUAAACUCUACAACAAGAAUUCCUUUACAAAAGCAUAAAAGUUAUACAAAUUCAUCAACAACCACAUCAACUUAUUCAAAUUAUAAAUCUCCAAGAUUACCACCACCACCUGCUAAAUCAUGUUUAAAUUUGAACAAUUUACGUACUUAUUCGAACCCAGACGACGAAACUGCUGGGAAAGAUUUUGAUCUAUCAAAUAUAUCAUCGCAAGACCAAAGAUUAAUUACAAAAUUAACAGAAGAUAAUACAAGAUUAAAUUCAGGUUCUAAAUAUGGUUAUAUAUCACAAUCAGCUUUUUCAAAUUUGCAUGAAUUAGAAGAUCAAUAUGAAUCAAGAAAUGGUUCUGUAGUUAAACAUAAUCCAAAUAAAAAUUCUUCUCAAAAGGAUGGUUCUACAAGGAAAUCAUUUGCUGGAAUGUCUGAUGAAGAAUUAGCUGAAUUAGAAAAUUUCUAUACUUCACAAAGUAGAUCAUCAAACUCAGUUCCAAAUGAUCUUGAACAAUUCGAUUUUAGACAACAGAUACCAACAUAUACUAUGCCUCCAUUAUCUACAACAAAUUCGAAUAAUUCUAUAUCGACAUAUACUGCUCAAGCAGUCAAUGAUAUAUUGGUACCAACUUAUCCUUCGAGACCAUCUAUAACUCAUAAAGCUAUCACUUUGACUACCAAGCAUAUCAAAUUUGAUUCAUAUAUGAAAAGUUUUAACGAAAAAAUUUCAAACAGUAAACAAAAUCUUGAAGGCCAACAUCCACAUAAGUCAAGUGUCAGAAGUGUCACAUGUUUUAUUUCAGGUAGAAGAUUCACGUGGUCCACUGCAGAUUGGUAUAUUUUUAACCAAGCAAGAGAUGGUGAUCAUUUGAUUAUUUCUACAGCAAUUCCCUUUUAUGAAGAUAUUUUAAAAAAUAUGAAAUAUAAAAAAAGUUAUAAAGAUUCUUUAAAUACUUUUAAAACAAAUAAUUCAGCAUCUGUUUCUCUUAAUAGUACUUCGGAUAGAGAUUCUUUACAUUCCAAGUAUAGUGUUGAUAAUUCCUUAACAUCAAAUCCAGAUAAUAUUUCCACUGAAUUAAGAUUGGAAGCAAUUCAUGAACAAGCUAUUGCAAAAUGUAGAAAUAUUUUAGAUUAUUAUAAGUCAAGAUUACAAAAUAAAAUUAUUAAACUUACAAUUGAAUUUGUUAAAGCAGAAUCUUUAAAAGAUGCAUUUGUUGGAGCAUGUUCAGUUCACAAUCCGGAUUUUCAAACUGUUGCAACAGUAAGUACAAAUUUACAAAUUAAAUUUUCAAAUAGGUACGUUAAAUUACCCUUUUUUGUAAUGAAACAUUUUAGAUCACCCACUGUUGUUAUUCCUUAUGAAUUCUUUGAUCCAAAUUUAUUAGAUAAUCCUUUAACUCAAUAUAAAAAGGCACAACAAGAAAAUUCAAAAAUAUUAUAUUCUAAUGAAAAUAAUGAUGAUGAUAAUAAUGAUACACAAAUAUCUAAUAAUGAUAAUAUAAGUAUACCUGAUAAUGAACGUUCUAUGGGUGAAAAAUUAUUUAGUGUAGCUUCUACUAAUACCCAAACAAAUUUGGAAGCAAAAUUGAAUGCCAUUGAUAGAUUAAUUUCAAAAACUUGUAAAAAUCCUUAUAUCUCAGCUUCAUAUUAUGAUGAUAAUGAUUCGGUAGAACGAGUAGAAGUUUCAGACAAUGAGUCAGAAGCAGAAUCAGUCACGUCUAUAGGAGAAUAUUUCCCAAUAUCAAAUGAACAACAAAAGAAAAUCGAUAUGUUCGAAAAAAUUGGAUAUAUCAUACCUACACCUUCAAGAUUGAAUGAAGAAAAUUCUCAAAUAAUUGAAUCAAAUGGUGUAAAGAUAAAACAAUUAAGGUCGGGUAGUUCUGCAAGAAGUUCAAGGUUACAGUUCCCGGAAGCUGGGAUGUAUAAAGUGAGAUCAAUGAUUGAUGGCUCCAGUUAUAAUUCAGAUACGGCAACUAGAAAAACAAAAUCAAAUACGCAAUCCCAUUAUCAAAUAUUUGAUCCGAGUACAAAACAAUAUUCAAAUUACUUACAUCCUAAUGCAAUUCCCAAUUCACUUUCACCUCUAAGAUCUCAGAAAUAUCAAUAUGAAAGAAGGGGUUCUGUAAUACCUGUAGGCUCAUCAUCUCCUAAAGGUUCAAAAUCUUCACCAAAUAACGACUCAUUGCCAAGUUUGACUCCAACAAAAUCAUUAGAUCCUAAUAUGAUGGGGAAACGUAGUCGUAUUAAGAAAACUAAAUCAAAAGGAAAAAUAACUAUUUCACCUUCAGAUACACACUCUAAAAAAGGUUUUUUCAGAAAAUUGUUUGGGAAGUAA